GAUUGUAUACACCUGUGGCCAUGGAGGGGAUUGGAACACCUGAAUCACAUGAUUGGGAGGGGAUUGAACACCUGAAUCACAUGAUUGGGAGGGGAUUGGAACACAUGAAUCAUAUGAUAUGGAGGGGAUUGGAACCCCUGAAUCACAUGAUUGGGAGGGGAUUGCAACACCUGAAUCACAUGAUUGGGAGGGGAUUGGAACACCUGAAUCACAUGAUUGGGAGGGGAUUGAAACACCUGAAUCACAUGAUAUGGAGGGGAUUGAAACACCUGAAUCACAUGAUUGGGAGGGGAUUGGAACACCUGAAUCACAUGAUUGGGAGGGGAUUGGAACAGCUGAAUCACAUGAUUGGAAGGGUGGGGCCAAUACUUUAGGCAAUAUAGUGUAUAU